ACCCUGCAGGUACGAAGGAUUUUCCUUGGAGAUAAGUUGAAGACAAGUCCUUGCCAUGAAACCACUCGCAGAAGAAGCUGUAGAACAAUACAUUCAGAAUAAGGUGGACCUGAGGCACCGAGCAGUGGCCAAAACUGUGGAUGAAGUGCAAAAAAUCAUACAACGGCUUACCACCGAAAUUAGCAACAAGGAUUCUCGUUUCCAGCCGAUUUCUAACUCUGGGAUUCAUAACGAAAAUAUGAAGGUCUUAACACCCGGCCAGUUCCUCAUCACCGUCCCCUUGCUUGGCCUGUCUGGGUACAAAGAAGGCCAAGUACGGCACUGGCGCUACUACACGACGCAUGGAGCCAAGCUCCUGUCUCCUGUCAGGGACCCGGAGGAGUUGCAGCAGUGGCUGGAAGUGGAGCAGUUCUCCAAGAGCCUCCAGCAGUGGCACGAGGCAGAUGUGAACAUCGAGGGCGACCUCGUGCCUGCCAAGGUCCUGGCUGUCUUCCGAGAACUUGUGGAGAAAGCGAUCGUAUCUCACAAUCUCGCGGACCGAGUCAGCAUUUUAGAAGGCUUCAGCCCGGUGGUCCAUGUUGCUGUUGAGACAUCUGAUGUCCAGGUUGAGGUUGAGCUGGUUCCAACGAUUGAGAUCCCAACUUGUUGGCCUCAGAAAAUCAAGUGGCCCCGAUGUUUCAAGCGCUGGCCUAGCCAGGAAAAAGUGCAAUGCGUCAAGUCUUUUGGCUUUGACCUCUUGGCCUCUUCCAAUUACCACUGGUACCUGAGCUUCUCGAGAGCUGAGCACAUCCUGAUGCAGGGACUUGAUGAGGACGGCGGUUGCCGCAUGAUGUGCUUCCGGGUUAUGAGGCAGAUGAAGGAAGAUGUCUGGUGUGCAGGAAAUAAGCCAGUCCUCACAGCCUUCCACCUGCAGAUGGUGCUUUUCUGGACGUGCGAGAAGUACCCUCGCUCCAAGGACUGGUCCUGCUUCCGCAAAGGCUUCCUGCGGAUGGUUCGCAAGCUGCACAAAUGUGUGAGCCAGCACUUCCUGAAGCAUUACUUCAUCAAAGGCACCAACCUGCUGAAGUAUGCCAACACCAACGACCUGGAUAUGGUAGCAGGCAAGCUGGCUGUCUUCUUGGAAAACCCUACGCUUCCUCUGGACUGAGAGAGAUGGACAAGCAGACUCCUGAACCAGGUUUUGCCCUGUUCCUUAGUUCCUCCGUGUGGUGAGUAGUGAGGAUAGAGGCAAACGGACCUACAUCUGGGAGCAAACUCUUCUGUCUUCUGCUUCUCCGUGAUUAGUCUCACCUUUUGGAUCUG